GUUGGUGAUUGCCGAUAGCGGAAGUAGGAAAGAGCACUUCCUGGAUGUUAAGCAUAUAAAUAGCGUUUUGUUUGUUAUUCGGGAGACAGUUAAUAGACGUCUGGACCGCCGGCAUUGUUCAGAAACCGAUAUUUAAGUGGUUUUCCAUGAUUUCAUUGUGUUCUUGAGGAGGAUCGCUCGUGUUAUUCUGUUUGUUUGGCCGUGUAGGAGGUUAGUCGGCAGAUGGGCUCGUGAUGGCACGGAGAGGAGGGAGGCAGGAAUUAAUAUCGGAGGAGCUUUCAGGAAGUAAUUGAAAAUUAAAUGGUGGGAUCUAAGCAUCUGACUGGAUAGACACUUGAAACUGAGGACAAAGGAACUUAAAUUCCCCCCUUAAUUUCCCUAAACAAGCCUAUGUUUUCGUAAACCCCCAUUAUUAUUUUUUUUUUGUAAUGGUUGCUUGACAUUUACUAGUUAUUUAUGAUAUAAAGCACUUAGUGUGUAAGUGUUAGAUCUAGUGUAAAUCUUCUGUGCGUUUUUUUUUUCCUUUCUUUUUUUUUUUUUUUAGUUUUGUUUUUAACUUUUCAAUUUAUUUCCUUUGCCAAGAAAUGCUUUACUUGAAAAAGUACUUCACAGAGGGUCUGAUUCAGUUCACUAUCCUCCUGAGUCUCAUUGGGGUGCGGGUGGACGUGGACACCUAUUUAAACAGUCAGCUGCCCCCGCUCCGUGAAAUCAUCUUGGGCCCGAGCUCAGCCUACACACAGACACAGUUCCACAACCUGCGCAACACCCUGGACGGCUAUGGCAUCCAUCCGAAAAGCGUGGACCUGGAUCAUUUCUUUGCCAUUCGUCGGCUGCUGAAUCAGGUGCGCUCUCUGGAUCACCUGCGUGUGCCCAGCACUGAGCUGAACGCUUGGUUGGUUCACCGUGACCCUGAGACUGUGGUGUCUGCAACCAGCCAGUCCAGUCCCACCAUUGCUCUGGACAAUGGCGGCAGCCUGGAGGACGUGAACAGCCCUGAACCCUCGGCCAUGAGAGGGGCCGGCAGCACUUCUGAAUCAUCCUACAACCUUAAUGGAGAGGACAGUUUGGGUGCUGUGGCCCCCGAGGCCAAUGAGGAACAAGGCAGCAGGGACAGCGUUGAUGAGCUUUCUAAAGAGGACAUAGACCUUAUAGAUAUCCUCUGGAGACAGGAUAUUGACCUCGGAGCUGGACGGGAAGUGUUUAACUACAGCAGCAGGCAGAAGGAUGGUGAGGCAGAUAAACCGAAUGAGACAAACGAGGAGGCAGGUGUACGGGAGGAGGACUGGAGAAAUGGAAUCAAUUUGCAGGAGGGUCAGGGCAUAACUCUUGUGGAUGGAGAGACCGGAGAGAGCAUACCUGAGGAGCUCCCCAGCCUUGGCACACAGACAUCAAUGUCUCUACAGGAAUGUCUGAGGCUUCUGGAGGCCACCUUCCCUUUUGGAGAGGAAUCGGAGUUCCAGGGUACAGAAGCUGCCCCUCAACUGAGUGAGCCAGCCGAAAAUGUUCCUUCGACAUCCCAGGGGCUUUCGCUGUCUUCCCCUUUGCCUCAGUCUGAUGCACCUUUAGACUUGGAACAGCAAUGGCAGGACAUAAUGGCAAUCAUGGAGCUGCAGGAAAUGGAGGUGAAUAACGCGCCGGAAAAUGGAAAUCUCAACAACAACACGAAUGACACUCCUGCUAACGCCAGCGAAUUGGGCACAAUGUCAAGUUUUGGUGUUGCACAAUCCAGUCUCAUUAACCAGGAUGUGAGUCUUCAUCAGGCAUCCCUCCCAAGCUGCAGUCAGGACCUUCCCAAUCUUUUCAACCCAGAUUUAGAUCCUUCUGUUGGGCAGCGGCCUACUCUCGUUAGGCUCUCCGCCAGCAAUUCAUCUAAUGUCAACUCAACGUUUGGAGUCACAAAUCUUACUGGGCUGUUUCUCCCACCACUCAACAGCACCAACAACUUGACCUCUUCCCCAGCGCUGCCUGAUCCAUUUGUUAGCCUGCUGGAAGAGUCCAUGUUGGAUGAAAUUAGCCUGUUAGAUCUUGCAAUGGAGGAAGGCUUUAGUCAGGCUCAAGCCUCACAACUAGAAGAUGAGCUCGACUCAGACUCUGGAUUGUCUUUGGAUUCUGGACACAGCCCUGUCUCUCCCAGCAAUUCUGAGACAUCAUGUUCCUCAGCUGCAUCUUCUUCCUCCACUUCUGCCACUUUCUCUGAGGAAGGUGCAGUGGGCUACAGCACAGAUUCUGAAGUGGUGGCCGAUGCAGAGGAGGGAGCUGUUGGAGGUUACCAGCCUGAAUAUAGCAAGCUGUGCCGCAUGAGCUAUCAGGACCCAUCUCAUUUUCAUAACCUGCCACAGCUGGACAGCAUCAAUCACAACCACACCUACAAUCUGCCACUGGCCUCCUCAUACCCUGAGCAGCCACAGAUGCUUGGAUCCUGCAGUAAAAAGUGCAGAGAUAAGCACCUGCAACAAACCAAGAUUCAUCCAGCACGAGAAUUCAUCGACAAGCAGUCGAGCCGCGACGAACGUCGGGCCAAAGCCAUGAAAAUUCCAUUUUCCAAUGAUAAAAUUGUCAACCUUCCUGUUGAAGAGUUCAACGAGCUUCUGUCCAAACACCAUCUCACUGAAGCCCAACUUUCUCUCAUUCGUGAUAUCCGCAGACGUGGGAAAAACAAAAUGGCUGCGCAGAACUGCCGCAAACGCAAGCUGGACACCAUCAUCAACCUUGAGCAAGGUGUGCAGGAUCUGCGGCGUGACAAAGCCCGGCUGCUGAAGGAGAAGAUGGAAUGUCUGCGCUGUAUCAGGCAGAUGAAGCAGAAGGUGCAAAACCUUUAUCAGGAAGUAUUCAGCCAGCUGCGUGAUGAACAAGGCAGACCAUAUCCUGCUAGCGAGUAUUGCCUGCAGUACAGUGCUGAUGGUAGCGUGCUCAUUACACCUCGAAGCAUGACGCUUGAGCAAAGUCGUAAGCCUGAGAAGAAACAGAAGGACAAAAAGAAGUGAGGUCCUGCUUCUUUCUUUUGCUGCCAAGGUUCCACCACAAAAAUACUAUACGGUGGAAGUAAAUGAUGUUUAUUUUUCCUUUGAGAAGAUUCUAGCAAGGAAAAGAAAAUUGCACUGUCAGUGUUGUUCCUGCAUUAGGUUUUCUCCUUUUUUCUUUCUUUUGGUUCAAAUGUUUUCUCCAGAAAUAUGAAGCAGAAUUGCUUUUUAAAGUUCCAAUUUUCUGUUAAUUUACUUGGAGUAUGACCUGAAUGGUAAAUUGACUGAAUCUAAGAAGAGUAAAAGAGGCAAACCAUAGCUGUGGAGACACUGGCUAAUCUGAGGACAAAUUGAGGAAUGACCUUAAUCUCCAUCGAGAUCCCAAAAACAAACAAACAAAAAAAAAGAAUGCAAGGCUAGCUGCUGAUCAGCCAUAGGGCUUUUUAGUAUUGGCCUCUGGAGUAUGUGAAUACCCUGCCAAUAGUCCUUUAGUGUUAAAGAGGAGCGCCCUUGUUUCUGAAGAUGGUGGCGUAUCCCUCGGAAGUUGGAAGAUGUACUUUUGUGCUGAGAAAACGAAUGCAAAAGAAAGCAUACCCUCAGUAACCAAAUGGUUGUGUAUGUUUUGUUUCCUGUUCCAUCACAGUGGUCAUUUCUGUACCAUUACCAAUGUGAUCACAAUGACAUGACAUAACAUAAGGAAAUGACACGUCCUGUGGACAAUUACAUUUGAAACCUGACAGGUUUCUUUGGGUAUUAAUACCACUUGCCAUGGAGUUUGGAAAAGUUGGACAAAGUAUAACGGUUAAGAAUGAGUUUGAGGUAGUGUUUGCGGCUGGUAUGAAUGAGAUGAAAAUUAAAUACUGAGUAAAGAUGCACACUGCAUUGCUAAUAAAUCAGCUUCUGUGCUCUGCUCAUUGCUGUAAAUCAUCUCUGUCGCUUGGAUGUAAGCUCUCUUUCAAGUCUUUAGCAGUCGUUUCUCUUCUUUCCAUAGUUUUUCUCUCCGUGCAUAAACUGCUACAUAAGCUACAGGGCCUAAAUUUUUUUUCCUACUGAAUUCUGUCAGAAGCAUUUCACUGCUUGCACUUGGGCGUUCUUAAAAGAAAAGAAAAAAUCAAAACAACCAUGAAAAAAAAAAAACUGUACAGAGUUACGUUGAAUAACAGCUGAUCACCUGCUUUUCAGACUUAGUUUUUGAUGUAGUACCGGACUGCUAUGUUGUGCAAGCAACAGGUGCCAAGUACAGUUCUCACUCCAAGACAUUUUCUUUUAGUUGCAGUAGUUUUCUGUUUGAUUGUCAUUGAACAAGUUACUCUGAAAUAAUGAGAAAAUCGGAAUUAAUGUUCACAUCAUUAGAGCAUAGUUCUGUUGCAGUUCCUUUUUUGAAUGAACCAAUGUGUAAAAGUGUGAAGUGAAUAUCACUUUUUCCCCACUCCCCUUUACUUGUGGAACCUCCCCUGUUCAACAGACAAACUCUUAACACUACAAGGUUCUUGCUUAGUGAAAAAAAUUUACCUGGAGACCUAAAAUGCUGCUUAGCAUGUACCCCUGAAAUCAGAUCAUUCUUAUAGGCAGCAUAAAAGUCGCUUUUGGUUGAUUCAGGGGACUAGCAUACAUGUGAUGUGUAACAUCUUCUAAAUGGAGCUUAAGCACUAAUGAGAGCUUUAAUCUUCACUAGAUGAAUCCAUCUUCAUUGUUUUUUCACUUUUACCAGUUUCCAUUGAUCACAUCUACACUGCACACAUGCAGCGCCACCUGUGCGUGGAGUUAUUAUCCUGUCAAAUAUAUAAAACCAAUUAUAUCAAUUUUUUUCAAUUGAAAAAGAAUUGGUCAUCUGUAACUGCGAUUAUAACCUUCUGAUACAAAUGGCACCCCAUCAAAUAGACAUUUUUACAUGUCUUGUUUUUGUUAUUUCCAGACACACUUUGAGAAGUUAACAGCUUUUGUAUUAUCGCUGUGUACGCUGCCAAAGCGCUUCGUUGGCACUUUCCUCAAUCUUUAUAAUGAUAACCAAUUAAAAGGUGUAAUGUCACAGAACGCUAAGGAGGCUGGCCUCAGAGAGCUACAUAUUAACAUCAAGCAGUUCACCUAGAUAAGGCGUCUAUAAUCAUCCAUUCUGGGCCAGUAUGGUUUUCAUAUUUUGAGGGAAAAAAAUGGUCAUUGAAAAUCUAAAGUUAGUUGAAUUAAGUAUAAUUAUAUAUGGUAUUAAAAGCAGCCAUACUGACUGACAAGAUUGAAUGCCACUGGCUUUCAGAUCAUAUUCUUAAGGCAUCAAAACUAUGCACGUGAAGCAGUGUUUAAUCCCAUCAACAGUCUGUCAAGUAUAAACUGAAUGUUUGAAUGUGUAUUUGAAAUAGCCACAACAUGCAUACAUUUAGAUUUUCUUCAAAUUUAAGUGACUUUGCAAUUUCAUAAAAAGGGGUUUGUCAGGAAAUGCACUCUGUACACGAUGGUCUGGUUGUUGCAAUAUGCAAGGAGAAAACGUCACCAUUAUUUUGAUGAGAGAACCUUUUAAGAUAUUCUAUAGGUUUGAAGUAGAUCAAUUAAAUUAUUUAAACAACGACAAAAGAUCAGACAUGGAAACUGCUUAAAAUAGCUCCUGGUCAUAUGUUGUCACUACUUGUCACCAUGCACUGAUUUGUUUUGUGUCUUGUUUGUUUUGUAAAUAUGUUCAUGUCUUGUUUUGAUUUUAAAAUAUUUUGGCCCUCUGUGUUUCACCAGGCCUUUCUGACACCUAUUUUAUUUUGAUUCACUUCUCGAUUUUGAAAGAUUUGCUGGCAAUCUGGGAAUUAUUUUUUUUUGGUCGGUUAAUAAACUUUUUUUUUAUUAUUAUUA